CCAGAAUCCGGAUUCACCGCAUGCAAUCCUAUCAAAACGUUUAUGUUUGUAAACAGAAGCAAGCAGGUAUUUGUAUUAGACUAUAACGACACUUAAAACAAUGGAUGAGGAUAUUAAACAAGAAGAGGAAACCAGUCCACCACCAAAGGAAGAACUUCCCAAAGAGCAAACAGAGGACUUCAAGGCACCAGAUGAAUUGGACUUCAAGAAACCUGUGUUUAUAGCAAAGAGCCAGAGAACAACCACAAAACCAGCAAGAGACGAGGAAAAGGUGGAAGAGCAGAAAGAAAAUGAAGAUAAACCUGUAGUAUUGGCCCCGCAAAAGAUCUCAACAAAAUCGCCGGCACAGCAAUUAGUAGAGAAAUCUGUCCCAGUGCCAUAUAAGGAACCCAAGUGGAGUGGUGUACCCAAUGACAAUUAUUCUUUUGAGGUCCUGAAAAGUGGUACCAUUGUGGAGACAAUAGCUCUUAACAAGCCUUUCUUUGUCAUUGGUCGCCUUGCACAGUGUGAUAUUACCAUGGAACAUCCAUCUAUAUCUAGAUUCCACUGCGUGAUUCAGUACAGAAGUGUGGCCGCUGAGGAAGCAUCGUGCGGGUUUUAUGCCUACGACCUGGGCAGCACUCACGGCUCCUUCCACAACAAGCACCAGAUGAAGCCGCACACAUACUACAGACUCAGAGUGGGCCACAUGAUCAAGCUCGGAGGGAGUACGAGGAUGAUGAUCUUGCAGGGUCCAGCAGAGGAUGAGGAACCUGAGAUGGAGCAGACGGUAACGGAACUGAAAGCCGCAGCAGCAAAGCAACUGGAGAAGCUUGAGAAACUGGAAAGUGGCACUUCAGGGGAAAGAUGAGGAAAGUGGGGGCAUAGAUUGGGGAAUGGGUGAUGAUGCAGAGGAAGCAGAAGAUGGAGAAAAUGAUGUGAAUCCCUUUGCUUCCCUCAAUGAGGAACUCUACUUGGAUGAUCCUAAGAAGACCCUCAGAGGCUGGUAUGAACGGGAAGGGUAUGACCUUCCAGAAUACGAAACAGAUGACAUCAGCCCUGGAUAUUACAGAUGUAAACUAGAGUUACCUGUUCCAGGGCCAGGAGGAGCACCCAUGGUGGCAAUUGCAGAACACCGAGGAAAGAAGAAGGAAGUUGUGGUGCAGUGUGCUUUGGAGGCAUGCAGACUUCUGGAUAGGAUUGGUAUUUUGAGACAAGCUAAACAUGAGAGCCAUGAGCGCAAGAGGCGAGACUGGGCGGAAAAUGACUAUUAUGACUCCGAUGAAGACAACUUCCUAGACCGGACAGGUGACGUGGAGCGGAAGCGGCUUAAGCGGAUGAAACACGAUGGUGGAAAGGAGGGUGGAUCAGCGGAGACUUACGACUCCUUGUUCACAAAAUACAAUGGAGUAAUAGAAGAGCUCUCUUCACUGGAGGAGAAACUGGGUGGAAGAGGAUGAUCUUGAUUCCUUCAUGCAGAAACUGAAGACGCAGGUGCCUGACAAACACAAGAGAGUCACAUGGAAGCUACGAGCCAUUGAAUUAAGAAAAGAGGAGCUGAGACUGAGAAGACUGACAAAUGUUGCAAGGCCACUUGGGGUUCCAGAAAUAAAGCCUUACAUCUCAAAGCUUGGGGAUCAAAGUAGCAGUCAAAAGGUGCCAACUGAUGCUCUGAGAAAAAAACAAAUGAUGUUAAAAAAAGCUGCCUUCUUCACAAAACCACAGCCUAAAGAACCAACCUUCCAAGUGCACAAAGCUUUCUUGGAAGAAGAGCCAGAAAAGAAGUUGAAACGCCACCUCCACCGCCACGACCGAUCUCCAAACCGAAGCCCAAAGUUGCCAGGCCAUCCAGGGAAGACAUUAAGGCCCCUGAAAUACCAAGAACUCAUGUAAUCAAUAAACAGGAAGAAAAAAUGCCAGUGCCCUCUACAGAACCUGUUACUGACCACAGUGAAAAUGGAAGAUUUGUAGUACCACAGACUGAAAGUGUUAGGGGCUCCAUGUUGCCACCUCCUGCAAAAGGGCCACAAUUACCAAAGUCAAGUGAAAGUAAGGCUAGCCGAGAUGUUAGUGUCAGUGAAAGUGAAAGGCUUACUGACACAGCCAGGAGCAAUUCCAGUGAGUCAGAGAAAAACCUUCCACUCCAGGAUUCAAAGGGUAAAAUUGCAACACAAAGCAACACGAAAGAGGACACUCCUCCUGAGAAGAAGCAGCGAACAAUGGGUCCUGCCUUACCUCCCACUUUGGAGCUUGUGAGAGCUGCUCAGCAGGAGCCAAAAAAGCCUAAGAAAAAACGUGAAAGGAAAUACCCCAAGUUUGAUGAAGAUAGUCCAAACUAUGAUAAUUGGGUCCCUCCAGCUCAGCAAACAGGUGAUGGCCGCACAAGCCUUAAUGACAAGCUUGGAUACUAAUUAAAAAAGGACUCUGAAACUUUUCUGUGAAUAGUACAAGGACUAUUUAGAGAUGGUGGAUUUGGUGAUAUUAUAUGGUUUAAUUUUAGUAUGAGGUGCUAAUGCAGAAGCAUGGAAAAUUUGGAAGCAAGUUAUUGUAAGAUGAAGCAAAUAGCUACUUGGAAAACUGUAUUAAACUAUUAACUGCCUGGUUUGUGCAGUUUUUUUUUUUAUUGCUACUAUUUUCCUUUAAUGUUUUCAUUUUAUGUUUUACCAGUUUUAAGUGACUGACAAGUGGUUGUAGUUCUUGUGCAUAAUUUUAUUUCUUUUUAAUAAGUGAUUAAGGUUUAGCCAUCAUUAUAUCAUGUGAUAAUGUGAAAUAAGGUAAUUGCAGAUGAAAGUGUCAACAACUUAACAGUUUUUCUUUAUUUGUCAUGCUUUUUAUUUUAGCUGUCACAAUGUAAUGCUGCGUAUCAGAGGACAUGGUUAAUUUUCUCCAGAAGUGUUUUUUAAACAUAUAUUUUUGGGAGAGGGAAGAAAUGCGGGUAGGAGAUGCAUUACUGAUAAUAAUAGCAAUACACUUAUAUAUAUUGUA